AUGCUAUGGCUGGGCGCAGUGGCAGCACACUACAACUGUGGAGGAAUAAUUCCAGCUCCGAUGAAAAAACAAAUAGUUGAUCUACAUAAUGAAUUGCGUGGAAAACUUAAAAAUGGUGAGGUAGAUGGCGAGAAGAGAAAGUUACCUCGGGCAAAGAAUAUGCCUCAGCCUUUCUGUUUCCAAGAAGCUCUUUCAUUUAAACAAGAUCUUGAAAGACCAAUUAAAAAUUGGUGGAACGAAUCGAGAAAUGUCACUGAACAACAACGAGCAGAAGUCCGCCUAAUGGAUAAUAGUACAAUACAUUUUGCACAGUUGAUAGCUUUCCAUCACCACAACAAUGCUCACAAUAAUAGUCAGCUUGUUAAAUUGGCUGCUCUUCAUCUUCGUCAAGGCGACCAACCAAAACACCACUUUCAGUGUUCCACACGAGUGGACCACGAUCUUUAUGUUUCCGUUCGGGUAAUAUUCUAG